AAAAUAUUUAUAUUCAAUAAGCAGAGUGAUUAUUUCAAAUCGACACCAUGGCGUCCCCGCCUGAUACCACCGCAGCGCCUGAUGUACCUGUUGCGGCCGACUUCCCCGUUGUUGCCGAUGGUCCGGCAGCUGUGAACCCCCCCAGUGCUGCGAAUUCUAUGAAUUAUAAAGAGGCUGUGGUUGAGGGUGAUGAUACUAUGCUUGACAGUGACGCCAACCAGAACGAUAACAAGACGGGAGGUGACGACCACACAGCUGAUGGCACACAAAAUGAUGAUACAACGCCAGCUGAAUACACUGCAAAUGACUCAAGCGAUGACGAAGUAACUGAAGUGGAAGAGAAGGAGGUGCUGUCAUUGCUCAAUUUCAGCUUUGUAGGCACUUUGCUGCCCCUGAUCGCCACCCUACCCUUUGAAGUAGUGCGGACGCUCAUUCAGUUGGGCCACGAGCCAGUGCCUCCUGUACCAAAGGUGAAAGGAGUUUCUUUGCUGGGAACGAGGAAACUGGCAAUGUAUCUGCCGAAUGGCUUUACAUACUGGCGACACCUUAAGGCUGAUAUAGGUUGGAAGGCACUGUAUCGUCCACUUUCGUCAAAGCUCUUCGCACUGAUGGCGGAGCAGAGUGCUCGCGAACAUGUACGAACACACUUGUCCUCCCACAUUGGCAUGGAUUUGAAUGCCACUUUGACCGACGAACAGUUAGCAUUCGACAAGAAAUCGUUGAAUAGCUACUUGAAAGGUUGUGCGGUAGAGGCCACAGCGGCAACGGUGGCCACCGUCGCCUCGUUCCCCUUUGCUGUCACCUUCGAGCGAUGCGUUACCGAAUUGAUAUUUGAAAAUGUUUCAAGCUAUAGCAAUCCAUUCGCCAUAUGGAGGGUGGUUACAGAUAGUUCCUUGCAGGAUUUAGCGGAGGCACUAAAGCCACGAAUUGCGUACGCAGUAUUAUAUGCACUUUCUGCUUAUACUCUCCGGCAGCUGGUAGUGCGCUUGGUUCCACACACUCCAGCGGAGGCAGAGGAAUGGGGCAAAAAAAUAUUGGGCGAUAUACAGAAACAGUCCGACUCUGUCGAUGCAGCAGAUGGUUAUGUUGCAGAGAAAGAGUCAGCCACGAUUAGCACCGAUUCAGAUGAUGAAGAUGAAGAGUUUGGAAUCGAUAAUAUCGAUCUCGGUUACGUUGCCAGCACACCCGUGGGCCAGCUGUUCUGCAUAUCAAUUCCGAUGCGCCAGGUUCAGCUUUUCCUGUACCCGUUGCUUCACGUCUCUACUAGACUAGCGGUCGCCUCCAGCACAUCCUUAUACGACCGAAAUAAGAAGGUUUUAGGCGACACAAUGGGCCCGGGUGCGAGUUUGCAGCGCUACCCGUCGUGGUACGAUUGCUACGCUUACAUUGCUUCACUCGGCGUACACCACUUGAGCAACGGCUAUUCAUUGUUGUACGACAGGAAAAUAGCGAAUGCCUGAAUUCUUUACAAAAAAAUCAAAGAAUAUCCAGCGCGUUUAAACAUUUACAAUAAAAUAUGCUUUCUAGAAAUGCAUCGCCUCCUAAAUAGAAC